AUGGCUCCCAUGCAAAACUCUUACCUGUUGACCCCUUUGUGGAAUUUAGACCCAUCUAUGAUUACACUCGGAUGUGUCAUCGCGGAUGUUAGAGACCCUCAAAUAUUCACGUCGAAUAAAGAUCUACCAGCCGAAAUCGACACAGAAAUACACACUGAAGAGGUCAAGAAUUGUUCAGGCAAGAUAACGUACAGCCAUCAACAGGGUAUUAGACGGAUCAUAUCCUUUAUAAAGGGUAUCGCUGGCUCGAGGGAAGCCUACUAUUCGAUGUCGUGGGAAGUUGAAUACUCUUGCGAGUCCAUGGAAACACUAAAGUUCACGCCGUCACCUGAGUUUAUCGCAAAGGUUACAGCCGAUAUAGCUGUCAAGUCUCGUCUCAAAAUCGGGGGCAUAGGUGACUCCAAAGUAUUUGUAGUCACCGGCGUCAAGAUUGCUAAGGGGUUGGCUAUUACUUCAACCAAAGAGACAGCGCAAGACAUAUUCAUCGAAUUCGUCAAUAGUGGGAAUAUAGUAGGACUCAGAGCCCUAAUUGGUCAUACGCAUUAUGAGGAAAAUACACAUACGAAUGAUGCCCCCAUCGUAUUUGCCCUCCAGGUCGAAGAGCUUCAUCUUAACUGGAAGGGUGUGGGAAUCACCAAGGCCUAUAUUGGACAGAGGGCUGAUCAAAUUGGUCAUUUUGUGGCGGUUGCUGAUAGAGACCUGGAUGACGAGAAUGCGGAUGGUUUUGGUCUUGAGUCUUGCAGUGGGUUUGAGGAGGAUGGCAAGAAAUGUCGAUUUAUUAUUCCGCAUGCGUAA